UGCAAAGCUAUUUACCUGCAACGAAUAUUGGGGAAAACCGGAAAACCAAACAGCAACACAUGCUGUGAUCUCUCACCUUCACCCUCACCCUCACCCGCACCCGCAACCACACCCACACCCUCGUGGUGCGCGUUGAACCGAAUGCAAACAUUCAGCGAUAGGAAAAUCGCUGAUACGCGUAUCUGAUAGCGAUAUCAAAUAAAACAGCUAACACAACCGAAAAUUCGAACGCGUUCACUUAUCAAUCGUUGCCGGUAGGUACACGAUAAGAUUAGUGUGCCAUCGAUGGUUAAACCAAAUGGAAACAAGCCCGCUCAACAUACCAUACCCAUCGUGAAAGAACUGCCCGAGCCACGGGGAGCAUUGUAGUCUUGUGCUGACGCGCGACCAAAACGGUCGAUAGCCAUCCAUCAGCUCGAUACCAAACGUCAUGCAGACAGAGGGAACAGCGACAACAAGUGGCUUUCAGGCCAUACCCACGGCCCCACCCGGUGCGGCGGUGCAACGGGAAAUGAUCUACCAGACGGGACAGGGCACCUGCUGCAAUCAGGAUCGGCGCAAUCAGCCACAGGCAAAUGCAAUUGGAGCUGCUGCCUUGAUCUUCGUAACUGGCGGCUUGCACAUCGCCUGGAGCAUUGGCUUCGAUAGUCUACUGGCCGAGCUGGAGGUCAGCUCCCACCUGCGCAUCAGUUGGUUCAUUGCGGCCAUUGUUGGCGCGCUGCUGGGUGGCUUCCUUAGCCGUCGCUUGACCUACAGGCAGCUCAUGCAACUGUGCGCCAUGCUCACGGUCAUUGGAGGCAUUGUGAUGGGGGUGAGGCAGUUCAAUGUCAAGGCCAUGUUCGUGGCGCGAUAUUUGAAUGGAUUCGCCAAUGGUUUGGCACUGGCGCCCACACUGGCCAUGGCCGGAGAGCUGUCGGUGUACUAUAAGCGAGGCGUAACGGCCUCAGCCGGCGAGCAGUGGCCCACUACGUUGGGCAUCUUUGUGCAGAUCGUGUGCAGCGCGAGCUGGGACACGGACAGUGAGUUCACGGCGGAGCAGUUCCAGGGCGUACUCAGCGCCAUUCUGGGCGUGAUUGCCAUUUGCAUGGCCUGGCUGCUGACAAUCGAAUCGCCCGUGGAUAUGCUGAGCCAUGGCGACGAGGAGGGAGCCCUCGAUGCACUGAGCCGGCUGCAUCGGCCCAGAGCCGUAACCGCUGAAACCUAUGAUCAGAUGGACAAUCAUCGCACCUAUUUGGCCCACAAUCAGCCCAUGAGGGGCCUGAGAGCCUGGACGGAGGCACUGCCCGCCCUGCUGCACCUCUGCCUGUUGCGGGGACUCUACGCGACGAGCUCCAGCAUGCUGGUAGCCUACACGCUGAGCUUCACGAGCACCAUUGUCUAUCCGGGCAGUUCGGGGCCCUUUGUGCUCUUCGGCUUGCUGCGACUGGCGGGCAGCUGCACGAGCGCCUUCGCCUUGGACACGCUUGGCCGCAAGAUCCCCCUGAUGCUGGGCCUGGUCAUGGCUGGCGGACUGGCGGUUGGUGUGGCCAGCAGAUUUGUGGCGAGCGAGCUGCUGCGCGUCAAGGACAUGCGCAUGGCGCUGUGGCUGCUGCUGCUGUACCAGCUGUUUGCGGGCAUUGGCUUUGGCCCGAGCUCCGCCUACCUUUCGGAGGCCUUUCCUCGGAGUGUGAAGCGGCAGUGCAUUGCCCUGGCCUAUGUGCUGGAGAUGAUCAUCCAGCUGGGCAUUUGUCGCGUGGAUCUCAGUCGAAACAUCGAUGGCGUUGACAAUAUGGCCGCAUUUUUCUUUAGCCUCGCUGCCCUGCUGCUGGCGGAAUUUCUGUGCAGCGUCUGGUGCAUGCCGGAGACCAAAAUGACGACACUGCGUCAGGCACAGAUCAAGUUUCGAAAUUUUGUGGUCUCGCAAGCCUGAAAGUAGGCAACACUCAAACACACACACACAAUAAGACUAUACCACCCACCCACCCAACCCCUUAGAUAUAGCUGAAAAUAAAUAUAUG